UGUCCCGUGUUGCGACAGCGCACUCCCGUGUGCCUGAUUUAUACGCACUUGUCCGCAUCAAGAAACUAUUUCUCCAAUAUGCAGCUGGUUUUGGCAACAUGCUUCCUGCUUUUCGCAGCCACCCUGGCACCUUCUGCAGCACAAAGGAUAACGACAAUUCAAUUGGACGGCGUGCAGUACUUCAUCUCGCGGAUGAACCCGUACAGCCCAGAGCUCAACUAUUUCUUAGCAUACCAAUACUGCAGAUCACUAGGACUUCAAUUAGCUUCAUUUGAAACGAAAGAGAAGGCCGAUUCUAUAACGACAUACCUCACAAAUGCAGGUUACAACAAAUACGAUUUCUGGACAUCUGGCAACAAUCUGGGCACGGACAUGUACCUGUGGAUGAGUACCGGGCUCCCGUUCAACGCGACCUUCAACUACAUGAGGCGGAUGGCCAUCGACAUGCCGGCUCCACACGCCGACGACAGCAUCGACCCUCUGGAUGUUCCCCAGGGAAGCACGGCGCCACAACGCACAGCCAGGCAUGGAACGGAGCACGUGAUGACGAACGGGUGCGUCGCCCUCAAGGCACCUACAUUCCAUUGGGAGCCCCAGCACUGCGGCGAGAUCAAGGACUUCAUUUGUGAACAGACGCGAUGCUACUACUACAACUACGGCUCCAUCCCGGUGUCCUCGGCACAGGGGAAGCCACUCUCCCUGACGACCACCACAACCGCGCACCCGCUCACGUCUUCUUCGCCGCCGCCACCCCGCUCCGAGCACCUGCCCACACACUUCACCCUAAAUGACCUCAUCGGAAAAUUGCGACCUUCUUCUCUGGACGGCCUACAGUCGCCGCACCUCAAGACCGGCGCGCUUCUCAAGUCUCCGCCGCAAAUCGACUCUCAUUACUCGCGAGCGGCAGAUGCCCACUCACACGACCAAGAGCAGAAAGAGGAGCCGACGCAAGGUCCGUACGCGGACGAUGAGGGCAUGGUGGGCGACGACCCCGCCGCAUACCUGACGCAGGAGGCGGCACAUGAGGCGGCGGCGGACGACGCGCCCUCCACGGCCGAGCCGGACGCCACCGAGCACUCCGUCCACGCCAGCGGUAUGCUGGCACCCCCCGCCUACUAGCGUCCCACUCGGACCGUGCCUGUCAUAUUAGCGAUUACGUUUCUUAACAAUUAGGUAUUCAGACUACCAAAAGUAUUAUUUCUUUACUUAGAAACCAGUAUGAGGUGCUCGAGUUAGGAAUAUCACGUCGGGUUGCAUUUCGCUUCUCGGUUUAUCGUUGUCUUUAUGUAAAUGAUAAUGCCAAUCGUUAAAUCAGUCGAGGGACUUAACGAGGGACUAUGGUGAUUUCGAAGAUUUAUAUGAGGCAAAAGCAAUUAUGAAGACGCUGGCGACUCGAACGAGACGACUUGCCUCCGUCUUCACGCGUUGAAUAUCACAAAAUGAAUAUUCCACGAUUAUAGGUACCUAAACUUCAUAAGAAGAGUGUAGAUGUGUUAGAUCUCUGGUGUUUUCAUUUAAACCGUAAAGUAUAUUAAUUUAAGAAAAUUAAGCGGAUUUUUUUUGGACAUAUCAUUUGAAAUAGUGGAUUUUAAGAUAGUGUUUAUAUACGUGACGUAAUUAGCUAAGUAUUUUAAGUUGAAACUCAAGAAUUUAAAGAAUAGUGAUGUA